CGUCCUGGCCGUGGUCCUGCUCCUGCUCAGUGCCAAACUGUCAAUCGUGUAGUGCGGUCAUGUGGUGCGGAGCCAGCGUGCGCACGCCUCCCAUCAUCAUCGCCCUCUGAGUGGUCUUUCAGUCCUCUUCAGUCGUGCCACAGCCACAGCCAAAAGUCCACAACCAAAACCAACUCGAAACCGAAUCCAAAUCCGAAACUGAAUCUGCAUUUGAUUCUGAAUUAGUAUCUGAGUCCGCAACGAACACUCUGGCAAGCGGAAUCGCCCUCGACAAAUAUUUUUUGUUCUUGUUCCCCGAAUUCCAUUGCAACAUUUAGCCAGCAGCUAAAACAAAGUAAAUAAGCGCAAGAAAAAUAUAAUAAGCAAAGUGCUCAAGUGCCAAAAAAAAAUAAGAAAAUAAUAAUAAAAAUUGCAAGAAAGAAAGCAGAAAAUUAAACCGGAACCUUUCCAGCUAAGCUGAAGAAAAUAAAUAUUAAUAUAAAUGUGCCUGCGACAAAAAAAGAAGGAAAAAUGCCAAGAGGGAUAAAUAUGCUACGUGCAAUUGUUAAUUUUUUUGAGAUUUUUUGUUCUUGUGCGGUUUGAACACGAGUGCGAACAGAACAACCACAACACAAUAUACAAAUAUAUAUAUAUAAAUAUAUAUAAUAUUCAACAACAACAACAACAGCAUCGACAACAACCACAACAAAAGGAUGAAGGACUGCUGCAAAUGUGCGUGAAAUGUGACCAAAAUCAGCAGGAUAUGCAACAACAACAACAACAGCAACAACGGAGACUUCGAGCGGAUACGACAGCUACGGCAGCUAGAGAUACUUGUAACUAAAGUGACAUGAGGCCUUAACAACAAUAACACCAACAAAACAACAACAACAACUACUACAACAACAACAAUAAAAACAGCAUCAACAACAAGCAGAAGAACUACAACAACAGCGAGCAUAAGAACAAAGGACACGACAGCAACAAAAGCAACAACAACAAAUUCAAACAAGCAACCGUAGAGCACUAAAAACCAAAUUACAAACAAUUAAAAGCGAACACAGGGAAGGAUCCUCCAGGGAGAGAGAGCUUGACAACGGUACUGCAGCCACGCCCCCUGGCCAGCCCCCUCACACACACACACACACACACAGUCAAGCAGACAAGUAUACAACGCAGAGAGUCACCCAACAACAAAAAAAGCCAUCUACAUGCCUCAAUGGCCGCUCCAUCGUUUAUGGCCAACUAAAACUGAGCAGCGGUGCCCACGAAGGACCCCCGAAUUCGUCCUGGUUGCCGGGGCGACCGGCCACCCCACCAGUCCAUCAUCGCCGGGACCUUUGUCUUUGUUCCGCAUCAGGACCAGAAACACCAACAGCAACUGAAACAGAAACGACAGCGCCACCGAAGGCGGCAAUAAAAAGUUUGCUUUGUGUGUGCGCUCUUUGGGCCACGAAACACGCUACCAUCCCAUUCUCGCCUCCCUGCCCCCUCGGAGCCUGGUCCACCUACUCGUGCUGCUGCCACGCCCCCCGUUCGAAAACGGUGUCGCCCUCGUUGUCCUUGUCGUCAUCGUCAGACGCCUGUGGGCACUCAAUUAAGCCCAAUUCAACGCAACUUGAAAGCGACAGCGGCAACAAAAGCAGCAGCCGCUGAAAGUGACAAAAACAGCGGAAGGAGCAACAACAAUAGCUGCAGCAUAAAUAAUAACUGUAACAAUAGUGGCAAGAAACAGCAGCAACACCUGCAGCAGCAGCAGCAGCAGCAGCUUCGCUAAAAUAUUGCAUAGAAACCGGAGGAGCAGCAGCAGCAUUAAUAAAAACAGCAUUAGCAGCAGCAGCAACGCAACAAGAGCAUCAAAAGCUGCAAACCUGCAGCAUCAGCAAUAAUUGCAAUAAAAUCAACUAAAACCGCAGCAACUGAAGCAGCAGCAGCAGCAGCAACAGCGAUUAAAGCUGCAACAGCAACACAAGUGGCACAAGCAGCAGCAAUUGAAGCUGCAACACCGGCGGUAGCAGUCAGCCGGCCACGCCCACGGUAACGCCAACGCCCGCGCCCCCACACACAUACAUCCGCAGACAACGAAACACACACACAGAUACAAGCUACAGAUAUACAGACACAGAUUAAGAUACAACUGCAGCUACAGAUACAUUUAGAGGAGCAGCGGCAACAGCGGCCACACGGACUUGCGACACGCCCACGUAUCGCUGGCGUGGGCGGCGGGCGGUGGGAGUGGCUGAGUGGAUGUCAGGAUGAAACUGAGCGUGAGCGCGUAUCGGGCGCAUGCAUCCGCACACAAGAAGAUCCUCUCCAGCGGCUAUCACUCACAGCUCAACUACGGCAGCACUGGAGCGGCAGCGGCAUCCUCCUCGUCGUCGGGGGCCACUGCAACGGGCCUAUAUACGAUGGAAGCGCACGAGCACGAAGCGGGCAAGUUUGUCAAGGAUGUGGCCCGUCAGGUGCACGACUGCAACAGCGACACGGACGUCAUCAGUCCCACGGGCACCAGUAGCUCCGGAGGCGGUGGCGGAGGAGGCGGCGGAGCAGGCGGUGCCGGCGGAUCCGGCGGUGCUGGCGGACACAGCGACGGUGGCUAUCACAAGCGGCACCACCACAAGAUGGUCCGCGAUGACGACAACAACAGUGCGGCGCACUCAUCGGACAGCAAGAGUCCCAGCCAGCGAUCCGGCAGCUCGUCGCUAACCAGUGGGCAACUGCACCACUGUGGCUGCACCACCACCACUAGUUUAAGGUAUACUGAGAGGGAUAGACUUAUACUGACGCCGGCACAACCGCAUCCACAUCCGCAUACGCAUCCGCAUCCGUAUCCGCAUCCGCACCAGGCCCGUCAGCGGCGCCAGGUGCGCCUCCAUGUGAACAGUCCGUCCUCCGACCAGAGCGCCAGCACGCCGGUGGGUCACAGGCCAUUGCCAGCGAUGAAGACCCUCUCCUCGUUCAUCAGCGAGCAUCCCGAGGAGCUUGUGGCGGCGGAGGAUCAGGCCCGGAGUGGCGCCUUCGCCACCUCCUCGGCAUCCGCGUCCGCCACUGCCAAUGCCUCCAAUGGCCAGCAGCAGACAACGAAGUGGAAGAGCCUGCGGGCCGUGAUGGCCUACUACUGCUCCCUGCGGCGCAUCAAGAGGACACGAUCGAACCAGCGUUGGAUGAAGCUACGCACCACCGUGCAGAUUUCAUCGGCGAUACAGAAGAAACCACCGCUCAAGCGCGAAGACUCCUUCCUGAAGCGUUUCUCGACUAGACAGAUACCCGAAACACAGGAAACUGUUGAAGAUACGGGUUCAGAAAGUGCCUCUGGUGACGUCGACAAGAGUGUUAAACGACGGCGACGCUAUCUGCAGAAACGACGAUCCGUUGUUAAUCCAGAUGAAAAUUUUUACUUCUAUUGGUUAAUGAUGUUAACUGUAUGUGUUCUAUAUAAUCUAUGGACCCUAAUUGUGAGGCAGAGCUUUCCUGAACUGCAGCAAUCUGUGCCCACGUUUUGGCUCAUCUGCGAUUCGAUGACAGAUGUUGUAUUUAUCCUAGAUAUAAUAGUUCAAUUACGCACAGGCUAUCUGGAGCAGGGCCUAAUGGUAUACGACGACAGGAAGCUGGCCUGUCACUACGUUCACUCGCGCGACUUUAUCUUCGAUAUGAUAGCGCUGAUACCAUUGGAUUUGCUGCAGCUCAAGAUGGGCACACAUCCGCUCUUGCGUUUUACGCGCUUUUUUAAAGUUUAUCGAUCUGUGAGAUUUUAUUACAUCGUAGAAAGUAGAACAGUUUGGCCAAAUUUAUGGCGCGUUGUUAACCUAAUUCAUAUCCUGUUAAUACUGGCACACUGGUUCGGUUGUUUCUAUUUUUUACUCUCCGAGGCGGAGGGCUUUCAGGGCGACUGGGUGUAUCCGUAUCGACCCGGGGACUACGCCACCCUAACGCGAAAGUAUCUGGGCAGCCUGUACUGGUCGACCCUGACACUGACCACCAUUGGGGAUCUGCCCACGCCCGAAACGAAUGCAGAACCGAACUUUUCGGUGGACGGCCCACGUUCAAUUCCGCGGCGUGGCAUUAAAUCGCGCCUACUUCAAUUUGGCUCUAGUUAUGGAUAUAUUUUUACGAUCGUUAGCUAUUUGAUUGGUGUUUUUAUCUUCGCCACCAUUGUGGGCCAAGUGGGCAAUGUGAUAACGAACCGAAAUGCGAAUCGCCUGGAGUUCGAGCGCCUGCUGGAUGGGGCCAAGACCUAUAUGCGGCACCACAAGGUGCCCGGAGGGAUGAAGCGGCGCGUGCUGCGGUGGUACGACUACAGCUGGUCCCGCGGCAGGAUACAGGGUGGCGGUGACAUCAAUACCGCACUGGGCCUCCUGCCCGAUAAGCUGAAAACCGAAUUGGCCUUACAUGUCAACCUGAGCGUGCUGAAGAAGGUGACCAUAUUCCAAGAGUGCCAGCCCGAGUUCCUCCACGAUCUCGUGCUCAAGAUGAAGGCCUACAUCUUUACGCCGGGCGACUCCAUUUGCCGCAAGGGCGAGGUGGCCCGCGAAAUGUUCAUCAUUGCCGAUGGCAUCCUGGAGGUGCUGAGCGAGACGGGCAAGGUCCUGACCACCAUGAAGGCUGGUGAUUUUUUUGGCGAAAUCGGCAUCCUCAAUCUGGACGGGCUUAACAAACGCACAGCGGAUGUGCGCUCCGUGGGCUACUCGGAGCUCUUCUCUCUGUCCCGCGAGGAUGUCCUGGCGGCCAUGAAGGACUACCCCGAUGCCCAGGAGAUCCUGCAGACCCUGGGCCGCAAGCGGCUAAUGGAGGUGCGCUGCGUGAACAAGAAGUACGCCAAGGCGCAGAGUGACAAGGAGGCGGCCGCCUAUGCGGCAGCUCAUCCGCACCACCACCAGAGCCACCACCAGGGUCAGGUGCACCAGAGCGACAGCAGCGAGAACAGUGCCUCCAAGAAGAUCGUGGACAAGCUGAAGCACGACGUCAAGGGAUUCCGCAACGUGCUGAAGAAGUCCAGGACCUCGCGCAAAAGCGAUGAAUCCCUGGAGAUGCAGCCGCUGCACAACACCUCGCCGCGCGGCAGCAAGAUCCUGCUGAAGCGCAUGUCGCGCGUUCGAUCGGACGAAAAGGAUGCGGAUAGCGCCGAGGCCAAGGACGAGUUGCACGACAAGACGCCCAGCCCGAUUGGGGCGGGACUGCCGUUGCUGCAGCGCCUCCGGCUCCUCAAGGAGAAGCAGGAUCGCGAAGAGCGAGCUGUUAAGUCCACACCACCACAGAAAUCUCCACCUCACUCACAUGUAACGUGUACGUUAUCGCCGCAGGAAUCGAUCCAGGAGGAGCCCGAACGCGAGUUCAGCGAAGGCUUUCCCCUGAUCCAGCGACUCCAGCAGUUGAAAAUUAAGAACGAGCCGCAGGCAAACGCCGCCGAACCCGGCGUCGUCAUGGUCAACACGCCGCCCAACAUCAGCAGCAAAAUAGAUUCGCAUUUCGCUGCCAGCCAGGCAGGUGCAUCGCAUCCUGGUACAAAUGGUGGAGCCAUCGGCAUCUCGGCGCCGGGACAAUCGCUGACGGUGGCCCAGAUCAAGCCCAUCAUGAAGGUCUCCUUCAAGCAGAAGAUCCAGCAGAUGCAGGGUGGCGGCGGAGGAGCCAGCAGUUCUCCGGGUCCAAGCACGGGAGCCAUAGCCAAGAAGGAGCCACCCAAAUCACUGGCUCUGGUGGCCAAGCAUGCGACUUCCGAGGAUUCCGUCGCCGCAACCGGAUUGGGCUUGGGAUCUGGUUCUAGCUCUGGCAUUGCCACCAUAUCGAAGAGGGUAGUCAAACCUCAAAGCCAUCGGAUGGCUACGCCGCUGCAAUCCGACACGGACACCGAUGGCACGCCCAUCAAGCCGUGGUCCAAGCUGAAACUGGCCACCCUGAUGUCCUCCAGCUACACGAGCUUAACCAACUGUUCGCCGGAUGAUCUGGCCUCACCGCUGAAGAACUAUUCGCUGAGCAACAUACCGCAGCAGAUGGAGACGCAUACGCGACCUCGUCACCAUAGCGCCAGAAGCAGUUCGAGAUCUCCGCGUCAUGGACACCACCAUCACCAUCAUCAUGGCCACCACCAGCACGGACAGCUUCAGGGGCCAAGCUCCACGAGCACCAACGGCUCCACGGCCAGCCAGGUGACGGCGAGCGCAAAACGAGAUUGCCUGCGUCUCCAGAAGCCGGAGCAGCACUUGCCCGACGGCGAACUUACCGAACUGGGCGGCAAUGGACGGAGGAAGCUCUACCAAAGCGUGUUCGAUCUGUCGCCGGAAUACUGCGGACUGCCGUUUGUCAAGCGAUUGAAGAUUCUCAAUGAGCGCCAGAAGCUGGCGGAACUGGAACGGGCACUGCAGACCCGUAGCUUUAGCCUGGACUGCUCCAAGUCCGGGCCGGAUAGCAAGGUGCCCAUAACGGAGUCCUUGUAUCGAUGCUACAGCGACACCUCCGGCAUCUACUCGCAGUUCCUCAGCACGUACGAGUCAACCACCAGCUCCACUUCGAUAUCCACCAAUACUUCCGCCUCUGCAUCGGCAUCCGCCUCCGCUUCCGCAUCCGCAUCGGAUAGCAACUCCAGGCAGUUGCAGUACGUACCCCUGCCACUCAGUCCAGAAUCGAAUGAGACCAUGGAGCGGCGCAAGCUGAAGAGCAUACUCAAGAAACUCCAGAUGGGCGGUGGUCAGCAGGAGGAGGCGGGGCCGGGCGCGGGAACGGGAGCGGUAAAGGGAACGGGGUCAAAGGUCAACUCCAGUGCCAGCCAAAAGGGGCAGGGACUGCCGGCGGAGCCGACCUUGGAAGGCCCGCCCGCCAGUGCCAAGGAGGAGGAAUCUCCCUUCGGCGGUGCUGCGGCGAUCGGUUCGGUGAAUAAAGGUUGCGGUAACGGUAACGGUAACGGCAGCGUUAGUGGUAACGGUAACGGUAGCGGUACGGUUAACGAUAGCAGUGCUAAUCCGAGUUCGCAUCCGAGCAAUAACGGCAACAGUGCGUAUACGUGUCCUCCCCCACCGGCGGUGGCUUUUCCGUUUCCGGUACCCAUUGCACCAGCAUCCGGCUCAGUUCCACUACCAUUGGAGCCCGGAGCGUCGAACGUCUGGUCGCCGACGUUGACGUUGGUAACGCCCACGAAUUCGCCGCAGGAGAGCUUCGCGUUUCCCGCCCAACUGCAGGGGGAGUUGGGCGGACACGGAACCGGGCGCGGACUCGUUGGUGGCGUUGGCAGCGCCUCAGCGUCGAUGUUGCCAGCGGGAGCGGGAGCAACUGCAUCCGCAUCCGCAUCCGCAUCCACGUCCACGUCCGCCUCGUAUGUCGUCGAGUGCUCAGCGUCGUCGAAUCAGAUCCUCCAUGCCCAGUCCACCACUGAUUUGAAUUUGAAUUUGCAGCUCAGGCAGAACACGACCAGUGCGAUGGGCGGACCGGGUCCAGCGCAGCGGAUCGAAGGCUUCCCGGAGGCACAGGACUACUUCAAUCAAAUCCUGAACGGCAUCAACCACGUGAUCAAGACGCACAUGAACGAGAUGCACUCCAAGUUCGAGACGCAAUUCUCCAGCAUGGCUGGUGAGGUGCGGCGACGCGACGCCAUCAUCGCCCAGCUGCAGCUCAAGCUGCGCUCCAUAGAGGGCAAGUCCUCAGCGGCAGCGGCAUCCUCAUCCUCCUCCGCCCUGGUGCUGCCCAUCAGCCGGCGCCAGAAGAAGAUGCCCCAGCUGUCGGUGGACGACGAUGAGCCGCCGGAGGAGGAGGACAACAGCAGUUCGGGUUCUUCAGCGGAACUUUUGUUUAUGCGCGGUGAUUCCCUGGACACGGUGUUCACCUCAUCGCCACCCAUUCAAGGCGGCAGGCGCAGCACAUCGCCGGGUCCUAGUCGUCAUCAUGCGGCCUCGGCGAACGCCCUGAACUGUCCGAGCAGCUACUACGGAGGACCCGGCUCCCUAAGCUCCCGCCACGCCCAGAGCCACCCCAGUUUCUAUUCCGGCCAGGGCAAUGGACGGAGCAGCGGGCGCAGCAGUGGCUAUCGCGAGUGGAGCGGCGCAGCGGAGAGCGGACACCUGGUCAGUGGGAGUGGAUCGAGCGGCGCUGUCAUGGUGGCCGAUGUCACGGGAAAUCUGGCCCGCCUGUCGGACAGCGUGAUCCUCGACAUUGGCGAGAGCUCCAGCUCGAGCUCCUCUUCCAGCAAGAUCAACAUGGCCGAAGUGGAUGACGACGAGGAGGAGGAGGAUCCGAGGGGUCGGGUGGCUCGAAACGAGGAGGACAUGGACGACGGCGAAGGUGGUUUGGCGAGCCACAACGACUGGGAGGUGCAGAUGCUGGCCGCCGAGAUGGAACGGCAAGAGCGGAAGCGUGGCCACUCCCUAUCCGACAAUCUGGGCGAGCUGAAGCACUGCAGCACGUUUCUGCGGCGUCGCCGGAAGUUCAGCGACACGGAAACGGAAUUUAGUGAGACGGACAUGGAAGAGCAGCUGGCCAGAUCGCGCAGCGGCCCAAUGGAGCCCAGCGGAUCGGCACCAUCUAGCUCUGGAGCCGGUGGCUCCACAUCCGCGGGACAUCAGAGCGGCAGCCAGCGACCGAGAGCUUCCAGUCUGGAUCAGUUCAAUCUGCGCUACGGCAUCGGGCGCGGAAUCUUUAAAGCAAUGAGCAUCGACCGUGAUAAAGACAAGCUUUGAGAACUAUAAUCACGACCAAAUCUAACCCGAUCCCGAUCCUGGUCCUGGUCCUGGUCCCAAUCCCGUUCUGAGUUCCGAAUCCCAUCCCCAUCGCAGCCAGAAGCGAUUUCAUCAGCAGACAACCAAUAAGCAAUGGAAUUUGGACAGUAUUACCAUGGUACAAGAACUAGGUAUAUGUAUAUGAUAUACAAAACUAAGAAGAUGUCAGGACAUAUAGAUCUAUAUUCUAUAUAUGUUUAGCCCUAACGAAACCCCCCAGCAAGAGAAUCGAUAUAUACAGAUAUACACAUAUAAAGUAAAGCCCGAUUGAGAUAUAUAUAUACACAUAUAUAUAUAUAAAACAUAUAGAUUUAACGGAAACAACAACUACUAAAAACCGAGAAACAAACACACAAAUAGCCAGAGAGUGUUCCCACCCCGAUUCCAAUUACUAUUCGUUUCGCUAUCUUGAAUUUAAAAAAUCCCGAUUGUUUGUGCUUGCAAAAUGGUAAUAGUUAAAUCCUAGUUUAUCUUUGUCCGUUAAAAAACGCUGUGAUUUCGUUUUAAAUGCAUGAUAUUUACAAAGAUUUCUUAUGUCUUUCCUUUCCUUAUAAAAUUACUCUUAAAUAUGAAUAAUUUUUAUCCAGGAAAUUCUUCUUAUAUGUUAACAAAGCAAUGAUUCUACGUUUGAUCUCAUGUUUUCUUCGUUUACUUUUUAUAAUGUUAUACAUUAAUUUUAAGUCUUAUUCAGUUGCUCUAUCAUUAUGCAAGUGUACUUAAGGGUUUACCCAUAUUUUCUAUAAUUUUCUUUUUAUAAAUUUGCCAAAUUUGUGUGACCCUGUGAGAGAAUGUAUGUGCGUAGAAAAUAAUUCCCACAUUAAACCGUCCUGAAAAACGUCCAUGCCACGAUGCGCAUGUUAGUUCAUUUUGUAUGUAUCUGUAUCUGAAAUCGCAAAAAAGAUGAAAAUCGGCAUUUGAAUCUGUAUCUGUCUCGAUCCGAACCCAAAUCGGUAUAUUGAUCAGUUGCUCGUUUAGUUCGUGGACAUCGGGGUCAUGGGCCUCUCUACAGAUGUAUAUACCUCUUAUUGUUAGAGACUAUGGAACAUAUAUAUACAUAUAUAUUUUAAGUACGUACAUAUAUACACAGAAAUAUACAUAGUUAUAUAUCUAUAUAUGAACUAGUCUAAUGAAAACCGAAAGCUUUAAUAACUUAUAUAGAAAACUAUUUAAGAAACAUUUUAAAUACUAAUCGAUUCGGACAAAUGUUUUGAAAUAGAACAGGCCAAUCCAUUUCCAACACAACCAAACUAAAAAAAGGAAAAUUAAAUGAAAAUGAAAAACAAACACACUAAACACAUACAUAAGGCAUACACCUGCAUACGAAUAUCUAAAUAUAGAGCCUAUAAUAUGCAUAGAUUAGCGAUUUACUUGUUGAACACCCUCGGUUAAGCCUAUCGAAGCGUUAGUCGAACCUAUCGAAAAACUUAGACUAGCUCUGUAAACCUUAAACCUUGUAAGCCUCCAAAAUCCAAAGUCCAAAGUCCCUGCAUCCAUUCGGUUUCGUUCACCUGAUCCCAAGCUUGACCUUCACCUCGUCCUCCAAUCCUAACUAGAGAAACUAUCUCGCCGUAAGAAAGGCAACUCUAGCACUUAAGUAGUUUAGUGCAGUUCAAGAUCUAUUUCGAAACCGAAUCGAGUCUGUCGCACCGCCGCCGAAAACAAAAAUGUAUCUCAAGACUAUGUAGGCAGGAAACACGAUUGUUGAUUGUUGCUUUUUCAUUUUUGAUUUCUAUUGUUGCUCUGAACUAAUCGCUUUACUAAAGACAGUUACUAGCCAGGCCCUAGACGCACUCACUAAUCAGACGGUAGAGUCCGUAGAGAAAAGUUAGACACCCAACUCUAGAGUUUUGUAGUUUCAACUAGCCACAAAAAAGGAUGUUAAGCUGUACUCAAGCCACUUACUAUCGCUCUGGCUACUUCGGCUAUCGAUAACUAUCGUACUGUACUAAGCGCACUAACCAACACACACAAACACAAGACAAACACACCCACACACUUAAAAUGAUAAAAGUCAAACUUAAAUAUUAGAUACUAUAUCUAUUUGAGUAUCUUGAAUGAGUGUUCUCACCUUUCGUGGUACGAACGCAUACAAAUUUAUGUACAUUUUAACAAGUAAGCGAUAUUUAUCAAUGACUUUCCUCAAAAACAUCGAUAAGUACCGAUUAUUAUUUAAAAUUGACAGCAUUUCUUGGGGAAAAGCAUAUUUCGUUGAUUUUUUAUGAGAACUUCAUUAAUGGUACUCAAAAAAACGAAUGGUAUAUGUAAAAAAACAGACGAAAGAUGAUUUUCCCCUUUAACUAAAAUGUAUUUCUCAAAAACUAGUCCACAGCAACAUAAAAAACCUGAAAUUCAAGGAACAAGGAAUUCUCAAGUGGGUUCAAAACAAAGAAAACCAAAGCAAACAAAACCAAAAAGUACACAAAAAGCAAAACUUUAAUGGGUCACAGCCAGCUAAGCAGUCCAACUAAAUGUAAUAAGACAAAACGACAAGCACAACACUUAUGUAAUUCAAAACAACACAGCCGGAAGAUGGAGCAGGAGUAACUCUAUAAGAUUUUAAUUUAGUCGUUUAUUGGGUUCAUUUGUUGAGGAGGCCACGAUUGAAUGCCAACGAGGAGAGCCAUUUAAAUUGAAUUACAUACGCCAGGGACCACAAAAUGUCUUUUUUUGUCUCUUUUUUAUAUAAACGUGUAAACACAAUAGGAAAUCCUAGCAAAGUUAAUGAUAAUAAUGCCCAAAACAGGAGAGUGUUAUUGACCAGAAGGUAGUCAUCAUAUAAUCAUCGAUAUACCCUUAGCCAGGCACCCAUUAUAUAGGCCCCAAUCCCGAUUUAUAUAUAUAUAUAUAUAAAUCUUUAUAUAUACAAGUAUGUCUAACUGAUUUCUUAUGUACCACUCACUCUCGGUUCAAUUGUUGUCAGUCAACGAAAAACUCUGUGAGUCAAUUAUGUAUAUGGAUCAUUUUUAAUCGAUUGUUUUUAACUGAAGAUAUGCCAGAUGACCGAUUUUGACCUACUCUGUAUUGUACUAUAUUGCAUUGAAUACCGCGAAUUGUUGUCGUUGUUGAUUUUAAAUUUUAAAUUGCUCGUAUUUAAGUUACCGAUAUUUUUGUACAUUAGUUUAAGGUAGCGCAUAAUAAGUCCCACGAGUCUAGAGUAAAUUCCUAUAUAAAUGUAUAAAUACAUUUUUUUUUCUCCUAAUUGCUAAUUUCGCAAUGUUGACCGAAUACUAAAGAAAAUGUACUUAUAGUGAAAUUAUACGCAAAAAAUAAUUUAAACUAAACUAAAUGAGAACUAAACCAAAGCAAAAAUGAAAACAAACAGAGAAAUUAGCACAUGUUAAAGAAGCGCAAAUAAAAGUGAAUACAAACGAAUAUGACAACAAACUUGCCUUCGGUUGCGAGUUACUUUGUAGUGUGCCAAAUCUACAUCAUAUCAGCUUUUACUCACCACACGGUAUGAUGUUGCUGCAAAAUAAUACGAAUCCCAAUUCGAACACUAAAUGAAACCACGAAAAACCGAUGCAAGUGAAGCUAAAUCCCCAGCAGGCAAGGUGAAAUAUGAAUGAGAAAUCGAGGCAAGCUGAACUUAUUUGAAUAAAAGAAGAAAAUGUAAAAA